UCUCGAACCAGGGGCGACUUGAAUAGUUGAAUUGAAGCGAGAGAGAGAGAGAGAGAGAGAGAGAGAGAGAGAGCAGAGUUGGGUUGGGGCUUCUUCUAGGCUAAGGCCUUCAUUGUCGUGGACUUUCGAUCUCGAUCUGGGAAGAGUUGUUUGAAGCUUCUGAAAAUUCGAAUUUUGGCGGUUCUUUAGUUCGGAAAUCCAUGGAAAUCCUAGCAUUUCUCAAUCGUUUCGCCAGUCACUUGAAAUAUUUCGUUCUCCAAUUCUAGACCUAACCUUCAAAUUCUUUGAUUAUUAAAGAGAUUUUCUCUGAAUUGCAAACACGUAGAACUCUCCCUUUGGCCCUGUACGGUUUAGUUACCAAAUGGAUUCUGAGAGCGGGGUUGUUUUGGAUGAUGGAAGUGGCGUUGUCGAGAAAACUCUUCCAGCGGAAAGUUUAGUUCAGAAUGUAAACAAAGAAAACGAGAACGCUGAAAAUGGUGUAGAUGUGUUGCAAGUAAAUGACGUCUCUGAAGAUGCAUCGAUAGAAGGUCUUAAUUCUGCUGUAGCGGAGGUGGAAGUAACCAAUACUGUUUCAGGAACUAAAGGGUCCAAUUCUGCAAAGAAACCUGGAGCUCGUCGUGAUAAUGGCUUGAAGAACAACAAAACAACCAAGGAUCAAGCCAGUCGAAAAGGCCCCACAACGUUUUCUCGAACCCAGGGGCAAAGCCUGUCUAAAAGUCUUUCUUUCCCGUCGAAGGGGAUACUUACCAAUGGUUUGAAGAAGAGCUUCGAUGGCAAGUCCGUGAAAACGGACACGAAACAUUCCCGGGCAAGUUCCAUAGAAACUGAGGCCCCAGUUUCCAAUGUGCCAACCACUUCAACUUCCCGUGUCAAUAGUCUCAACAGGCGACCCUCCGUUGGACUGAGCACCAUGGAUGCUAAGCCAAAUACUGGGGGGCUUUCUACCAGGCAGAGCACCAUAACAUCUAGGCCUAGCAUCCGACCUUCUAUUGUUAGUAAGUCUGUUUCUAUAGAUGCAACUGGAAGUGGCACAGAGUUCAAAGAGCCCCAAAGCACUACUCAUGAACUACGAAAAAGCACGGGUUCUGGAUUUGCUUCCAGGCUGAUUGAGCGUGCAGAAAAACGAAAAGAGUUCUUUUCAAAACUAGAAGAGAAGAUUCAUGCAAAGGAAUUGGAAAGAACUAAUUUGCAGGCAAAAACAAAGGAGAGCCAGGAAGCAGAAAUCAGAGAAUUGAGGAAGAGUUUGAUGUUUAAAGCUACACCAAUGCCAAGUUUCUAUAAAGAACCUCCUCCAAAGGUUGAACUGAAGAAGAUACCUACAACACGUGCCAUAUCACCAAAGUUUGGAAGGCACAAGAACUCCAUUGCUGCUGUAGACAACUCUUCAGAAGGAUCUUGUCAAAGCACAUAUCCAAGCCUGGACUCCAAGAAAUCGACCAAAGUAGCAGCAACCAGUACUGGAGAUUCUAGUGCCUCAAAGAAACCUGUUAGAAAGUUGAUUUCCAAGCUUUCAUCUCCAAAUUCGGUGACCAAAGAAACUGAAGUAGAACCUCUUAAAUCAAAACCGAAGGCCCCAGAGACAGAACAUGAUGGCCAGAAAGCUUGCAUACAAGAAGCCAAAGAAAUCCAAGACAAACCUAGUAACUCCUCCCCUAAAAUUGAGGCUGCAGUCGAGGAGUGUGUAAAGAACUCAAUGGAGGAUGACAAGUCGAUCCAGAAUUUACCUGAUCCUGAGAUUGCUCCUGAUGAAGUGGCUAUAGGUUAAAUACACGAUUCUUCACCCUCUUGCCUCUACAUUGUGCAGAUUAGAAGUCGAAGCUGUUGUGAGCUAUAGGUUAAAUACACGAUUCUUCACCCUCUUGCCUCUACAUUGUGCAGAUUAGAAGUCGAAGCUGUUGUGAAUAGUAAGGGUGUGUCUUCAUUCAGUUGCUGCUUCCUGGAAGAUACGAGGUAAAUAUAGUUGUGUCUAUAUAUUUUACUCUCUUCAGAAGGCACUGUGCUGAUUGUAAUGAGUUUAUGGUUUUAUAAUUUAUAGGCUAUUCCAUUGAAUUAACAAUAUUUUCCCUAUAUUUCUUUUGAUUCUUGUAAUUAGAAAAGAAAAUAGAACUCCGGAGUCUGUUUUGUCAACCUGCGUAUAGAUAUACAAUCAGAUUUUCUGGUGUGUAGUA